UCGAUAUCUCUUCAUGGCCGAUAUUCGUCGUCGUCGUCGUCGUCUAUCAACAUGAACCUCGUCUAUCCAAUUUACCGGUAUUGCCUACACCACUAGCCGCCGUCGCCACCGAUAAUAUUUCGUGCCGCUGCUCAUGUGUCCUGGACCUCAAAGCCAAAGAUGCAUCAUUCUUGCUUUUGGCUACACCAUGUUAUUGUAUUGUUCAGUCGAAUGAUAACCUCACCCUGCAUCUGG